AUGUCCUUUGGAAACAACGGCGGCAGCGCAAACGGUCGCGAUUCGCGGGCAGCAACCCCCAGUCUGAUACGAAAGGCGUCCAUGAACUCGCUGCAGUCCGCCAACGGAGUUGUGCCACCGCGUCGAUCAGCCUCUGGCAACAUGCCGACCUCUCCCUCCUCGCGCCCACCCAUGUCGCCUGAUCCCUCACGCCCGCCUCCCCCUACCGCCAACGCCAUAGCGAGGGCCCAUUUCCGCGGCGAGCUCGAGCAGCUGCACGGCGACGAGGCGGGUCGCGCCGCCGAGACCAUCGUGAUCCUCCAUGAUGCGUGCUACGGACACCGCUUUUCGCGCCCCAAGACGUCUCGCGCGGCGCUCAGCACCGUCGUCGAGCGGCCCGAGAGGAUCAAGGCCUGCGUGUUGGGAGUUGCUGCCGCCUAUGUGCUGCUGGGGGAGCGUCAUGUCGACGGAGAAUAUCCACCCCACCCAGACCUGAACGCGUCCAACAUACCCUCGAUCCCGUUUCGUAUUCACAAGUCUACCCGUCGCCUCCCGCUCACGUCACCUGCGGUCACAAAUGUACAUGGGACCAAGUGGAUGGAGGAGCUCAAGAUCAUGUGUGAUGCCGCCGAGGGCAAGCUUGCCAUGGGUGGAAAGGAGCUGCAGCGCCCCGAGGUGAACCGCGGCCCAGACAACAACGAGCUGCCCAAGAAGCUGCACGAGGGAGACCUGUAUCUGUGCUCGGAAUCGCUCGAGUCCCUGGAGGGCUCGCUGGGCGCUGUCUGCGACGCAGUGGAUGCGGUCUUCAGGCAGGGCGGACCUAGCCGCGCCUUUGUCGCCGUCCGGCCUCCUGGGCACCAUUGCUCGGCAAGCUUUCCGUCGGGUUUCUGCUGGGUCAACAAUGUGCACGUCGGCAUCAUGCAUGCCAUCCUGGGCCACGGCCUCACGCAUGCUGCCAUCAUCGACUUUGACCUGCACCACGGCGACGGCUCACAGGCGAUCGCCUGGCAGCACAAUGCAAGGGGCGUGGGUCUGGCCAAGAACGCGGCAUACUGGAAGAAGGCCUCGAUCGGAUACUUCUCGCUCCACGACAUCAACUCGUAUCCCUGCGAGCUGGGAGACGAGGAGAAGGUCAAGAAUGCCAGCCUGUGUAUCGACAACGCCCACGGCCAGCACGUCUGGAAUGUCCACCUGGAGCCCUGGAAGACAGAGGCAGAAUUCUGGGAAAUGUACGAGGACAAGUACGCUGUCCUGCUGCACAAGGCUCGGAAGUACCUCAAGGCACACACAAAUCGUCUGCGCACGGCAGGCCAGAACUCCAAGGCGGCCAUCUUCCUGUCGGCAGGCUUCGACGCCAGCGAGUGGGAGGGAGCUGGCAUGCAGCGUCAUAGUGUGAACGUGCCGACCAGCUUUUAUGCCCGUAUCGCCCGCGACGUUGCAAAGAUUGCCGAGGAAGAGGGGACCAGCGUCCAGGGCAGACUCAUCAGUGUCCUCGAGGGUGGGUACAGCGACCGUGCUCUGACGUCUGGUGUCCUGAGCCACAUCAGCGGCCUGGCUGGCAGCGAUCCUCUGCGUCCUCAUGCCUACAAUACCUCGUGGUGGAGCCCAGAGAGCCUUGACAUGCUCGAGUCGGGCGUUGUCCUCUCUCCGCCAGCACCCCGAGUGCAGCGGAGCUUCACGCCAGGCAACUAUUCAACGCCCACACAGUCCUCUACGGCCAAGAUGGCGGACAUUGCGAAGCUUCGCCGCCAGGCGUCUUUCAAUGGUGUAGCACCCCCCAGGCUGCCCACUCCGCCCCCGCCUGAGAUCGCCUGGAAUGUCGCGGCCCAUGGGCUGUGCACGGUCUUGACGCCUACCGAGCGGACCACAACCAGCUGCAGCCCCCAAGAGCUUACCGCUGAGGCCACGCGCGCCCGACGAGAGCGGCAUCUGGCCUCGAUGGGUAUCACUGAAGACCAAGUGGCUCCUGUGGCAGGACCAGCGCCUCCCGCGCCGUCGAGGAUGGGUUUGCGAGAACGCAAGGCCGUCAAGUCGUACUUUGAAGGAAGUGAUGACGAGGAUCGCAAGAAGAACAGGCGCCGGACUGUGGCCGGCUCAGCGGUCCUUGCCUCUGAGGAGGGUGCAUCACAGAGCAGCGCGUCGCAGCCCACGGGCCGUGGCCACGAGAAGCAAGCAGGACGGCGUCUUAGUGCGGCGCCGUUUGUUCCCGAGACUUUUGAUGGUGCGUCAGGUGCUCUCGAACCGGACCGUCCCUCGAGUGCAAUGACUGGACGGCCCAAUUCAUCUCUGAGUGUCAGAACAACCGCCACGACGGCAACGACAAAUACAAGUGCAACAGGCGCAAGCAACCCGCCUCUUGCAGUGAAGAAGACCAGGGCGACGAACACAGCCAAGAAGGAUGCGCCGAAGGCCCCACGGGUCAAGAAAGCUGUGGUUACGGCCAACAAGAGCGGGCCGAAGUCAUCAAACCCACCAAGCCCCGAGGCCAGUCGGCGUGCCACUACCAAAGACAAGGCGGGAGACGAUUUGGACAAGAUAACGUCUGGAAUAAAGAAGAUCACGCUCGUCACCAAACAGCAAAAGGAGGCUCGCGCACGCGAAAACCAGAAGCCGCCCACGGGUGGUGUCUCAGAGGCAACGCCGACGAACACGACUCAGGAGGAGAAAACUGGUCUUCCUAUCACAUCUGAAGAGCAGCCGUCACAGCAAGAGCCGCUUUCCCCU